CUCCUCUCUCAACACAACUAUUUAAGUUGGCACAUUAACCCAUAACUCUCUUGCUUAUAUAUCUGCAGCCAUACGUAUCACACCAGGCUCUCAUCCGCAGGACCUCCAAAUUCCCACGAAUUCGUGCAACAUGACCAGUGUCCGCAGCAAACUUAUUGAUUCUAUCCAAGAUCGCUUGGGCGUUUCAUUCGAGAAUUCAACGCUAAUUCACGAAGCUUUCAUGGCUGCUAGCGCGGUUGGCAGAGAUAGUCGCGCUAGGCAUGAGAGCCGCAAGCAAAUCAACCAAAUUGUCUCCCGCAUUGCCAGUAAUAGGAACCUUGCCCAGCGGGGGUUCGAACUGGGUCUUGAUCGGUGCGUUUGCAAGAAUCUCUCCCAGGGCAAUUUUGUCUCUGACAAGCUGAUGGCAACUACUGUUGAGGCUAUUGCCGGUGCCGUCUUCCUAGAAACAAGCUGGGAUCGAGCAGCAUUGCAGAGGAUUGUGGAUGCAUUAGGCCUGGCGUGGCCGGAUUCUUGCGCUAGGAUAUUUCCAUGCAAGGCUCGGAUAAUUACGGAUCUCCUAUCUUCCAUUAUCGCAUAUUGAUACGCGCAUUCUAUUUGCCCGCAGAGCAAUCGCAUGUGAUCUGCAAAGCUAUGCUCGUGUAACCCACACAACGCAUUGCUCUACAGACCGUCGCUUGUAAGGUUCCAUAUGACCAUUACUCGUUCAUAUGAGACGUUGCAUGCAGCUGGCUUGUUGUACAGGCCAGUAUUCCUCUGCGUGUUAUUAUGGAUAGAGGCCUGAUGCUCCAUUAUAAUUUGUAUUGACUCCAUCAGUGGAUAUUGUUAGAAAGUUCUAGCUCUGCACUAUUUGGUUCUAAC